AGGAACUUUCCCUACACAUGACCACACACACCAGAAAAUCUGCAGUUCUCCUCUAAUUCUUUGGUAACUGGUUUCAUGUAUAUUUUGUUUGGGUGAAACAGGUCAAGCUUAUGUUUUGAGAAAUUGUGAAAAUUUUCAAAUGAUGGAAAAUGUUUCAGCUGUCACACUGUUUACUCUUUCAGGUUUAAAUUUUACAAUGGAACAAAGAAUUAUCCUCUUCUUGCUGACUUUACUGUGGUACUUAAUGAUUCUUUUGGGAAAUGUUGGUCUUAUUUUUGCCAUUGUUAUGGAUAAAAACCUCCAUGAGCCCAUGUAUAUCUUCUUGUGUAAUCUAUGCAUAAGUGCGCUGUAUGGGACUGUUGGUUUUUACCCCAAAUUCCUUUUGGAUCUUUUGUCAUCUCAUGUCAUUUCUUAUGGUGCAUGCAUGCUACAAGGCUUUGUUAUACACUCAUCAACUUGCAGUGAUUUUUCUAUCUUAGCUCUAAUGGCAUAUGACAGAUAUGUGGCUAUUUGUCGACCUCUAGUUUACCACUCAGUUAUGACCAGACAGAGAGUCUCCAUCUUUGUGUUUUUAUCCUGGUUUAUACCUCUUUAUUGUAUGUUUAUGAACACAGCAACAAUAUUAGGAACAAGGUUAUGUGGCUCACACAUAAAUAGGGUCUACUGUGUCAACUGGAUGAUAGUUACUCUGGCUUGCUCUCCACCCAAAGCUAAUAAUGCAGUCUCAUAUUUCAAUAUGUUGUUUUAUUUUGGACAUUUUGUGUUUAUUAUCUGGUCUUACACAUAUCUGAUAAGAACAUGCACAGCAUCCAAAGAGAAGUGGGGGAAGUUCAUGCAGACAUGCAUGCCACAUUUAAUCUCUCUGCUCACUUUUACGGCAGCUGUGCUUUUAGAUUUGCUGUACAUGAGAUUUGGGACAAUUGAUUUUUCUCAAGACUUCCAUAAUUUCAUGGCAAUAGAAUUUCUGAUUAUUCCUCCGCUAGUGAAUCCGCUUGUAUAUGGAUUCAAACUUACCAAAGUCCGCAAAAAAAUUUUGAGUUUUGUUUAUAUUAAAAGGAAAGAUGCGAAGUGUCAUCCCAUGACUUCUCACAUUAGACACUAGCUCUCAAACUGAGACAUAAACAUUGUAAAAGAAAUCAAUACAUCGCUUGGAAUUUAAAAUGGAAAUGUGGUGGACAAGCAAUUUACUUCUUGUUGUCUUUCAGGUAUUGUUAGUUAAAACAUUCAGGAAAGGAAAUUAUUGUUAAUGCAGGAUAUCACAGCGUCAUGACUCUCUCCUCAUGUCCACACUAAAAGUACUUUAUCUUGUGUGUCUCACAUGAAAUAUAUAUCUGCUUCAACAAUCAUUUGUUCUUUACAAAUGUUCUCUUAUUUUGUGUUAAUUUAUCACAUGAUGAUGAAUGAUUCACUUUUUUUGGGUUAAUGUUAAGAAAAAAUUCUAGUCCUUAAAUUAUCAUAAAUUGCUGCCUACUGAAAAAAAACCCCUCAUACUUUACUAUAAUGUGCAUAGGCUUUCUACUGUAACCAUUAUUGUCCA